UUACAUUUUGGUAAGUUGCGGCGCACGGCAGUCGAUUGCCAGGAAACAGAAAAUCUGGACCUGUAGUGAGCGUUCGUGCCAAACUUUUCGUGGGACAUUUUUGAAAAUGGCACAAAAGCCGUCUUUGCCACCUGGCUAUCUUGGUGCUCAGCCGAAAUUUGCUGAAUUAGGACUCUCAGCUUUAAGUAAUAUAGAUUCGGAAAUAGUCGCCGACAAUAAUGAAUUGGAAAUCAAAAUAAAAUUCAAGGAUAAUGUUAAGGUAACGCAUCAGUUAAUUAACACCCGCGAUGAAAAGGACAUAUCAGACUUCGUGUUUACGCAAACGUAUUGUGGUACCAUCACGUUCAUCAUCCAUCUGCCAGAGUCCGGCUACUACAAAUUCCAGAUUUUUGCCCUUUCGGAAAAUGAUGAGAGUAAGUCGCUUCCAAACGUCUAUAACUACUUGAUCAACUGCACUCAAGCUCUUACGCCAGUCUUCCCAUUCCCGAAGCAGUACGCACAGUGGAAGAAUGGCUGCUAUUUACACAAGCCCCUAGUACUCCACAAGGAAAUGCCACUGCGUGAUAUAUUCUGGAAAGUGGUUAUCCCUGACGCCAAGGCCGUCGCCGUGGUUGCAGAUGGAGAAUGGUUCCAUCUUGAGAAGAAGGGCAACCAUUUUGAAGGCAGUUCAAACUUAGAUCCAUUUAAAGGCAAGGACACUAAAGUCACUGUCAAAGCCAACUUCGGACCAGACGAAUCCAAAUACUCUACCAUGUUGCAGUAUAAUCUAUAACCGCUUUACACGAGGACUAAAAGUUUCGUACCCACACAGAUAGUGAUAUUAAUUAAUGUCUGAUUAUGAAAUUAGUAUCCCAAAAAGUGACAAGACAAACGUUAAUGAAAAAAAAAACCGAAAUCGGUAAUGUUUCCUUCUAACGAUCGAUGACAUUAAUAAUUUUAUACUGUGUAUAUCAAACUAGACAAAUAAUUUGCUGCUUAGUUCAAAACGUGCAAACGUUCCUUAUAUGAAUUCCUGCGCGUGCUUUUGCUAUGUUAUUUAUUUAGUAGCAGUUACAACUUUCGUAGUAGUUUAAUUGAUAAAAUUAUUUUUGGAUCUUACGUUAAUUAAAUUUUCAAAAUGGA